AUGGGUGCAGGACUCCUUGUAUCUGUCGAUCCAGCGGAGAUCCUGGGGUCGGAGCCAACAGGUCUCGCGCUUCCACAGGUAGCUUACCUGGGUCAGUGCCUGGUCGAAGCCACUCCCGACACCUUCGAGUCAAACCUCGCCUUUCUGCGCCAGAAUUUCUCCAAACUCGCCAUCGACUUCGACGUUCGAAAACUGCGGAGCUGGGAUAAUGUGAUUGACUUGCUCAACAAUGGCGCUUCUAAGCUCUUUGUCACCUCCGAACAGCUGAAAGCCCUGUCGCAGGAGCCCACCAUAUCUCCAGACCGCCUGGUCCUCACGAUUUCUCUUGUCAACCCAAAGACCGACAUUACCAAGCUCAAAUCGUUCCUUGAGACCUACCCCGAAUGGAUGACUAGGGCAUGGGCAUUCGAUGGAGACAAAGGAAACGAGCAGGUAGAUGAGGUUCUGAAAGAGUUGGGAAACUAUCCUCCCAGCCAUGAUCAAACCAUCUUUGUCAGAAUCACAAGCGAGGUUGAAGGCAGAAAUCUCCUUCACGAGUAUCCUGGAAAUGCGCUCAUUGUGUCUUCCAAACUCUUGACAUUUGACCAGUCCAGAGAGGGGCACGAAAAGCUGAUACCCGCAGCGGAUUUGGUCCUUGCGGGCGCCAUCCCUGACAGGAAAACCGGUCUCUAUGCCACCACGGUGGUGGAUGAGCGUGAUGUCGCCCUGGGUCUGGUUUGGAGCAGCAAGGAGAGUAUUGCAGAGGCUCUAAAGUCCGGUACGGGCGUCUAUCAGAGUCGGAAGAGAGGCCUUUGGCAUAAAGGAGCGUCAAGCGGGGAUACGCAGAAACUCAUUAACAUUGCGUUUGACUGCGACAAAGAUUGCCUGUUAUUCAGGGUGUACCAGCAAGGCCGAGGAUUCUGUCACUUGGGCACCAUGUCGUGUUGGGGGAAGGCCUCCGGGCUCUCUAGACUGCAAGGCACCCUCCAAAAACGCAAGGUGGACGCGCCGGUGGGCUCCUAUACCGCUCGACUAUUCAACGAUCCUAAACUUCUCAACGCGAAGAUCAAAGAGGAAGCAGAUGAGCUUUGUGAAGCAACUACAAAGGAAGACAUUGCAUCAGAGGCCGCGGAUCUCCUUUAUUUUGCACUUGCACGAUGCAUUGCGGCAGACGUCACUCUGGAGGAUAUUGAGAAGAACCUUGAUCUGAAAAGUCUAAAGGUUAAGAGACGAAAGGGUGACGCCAAACCUCAAUAUGUGGAAGACAAACCACUUAAGGAACGCAGUCAGGCUGAGAUCAACGGUGUCAAUGGCCAUCAAGAAGAAGCCGCUUCGAUACCUAAAUCACCCGCGGACCUCGCCAGCAAAGUACCAUCUGGCCGGAUAGAGCUGAAGCGAUACUCGACCACGCAAGCUUUCUCUGACGACGUCCUUAAGGCUGCCCUCCAGCGACCCUCACAAAAGUCCAACGAGAAGAUCAUGUCCCUCGUCCACCCCAUAAUUGCUGAUGUUCGAGCCAACGGCGACUCUGCUGUCUUGAAGUAUACUCACAAAUUCGAAAAUGCCACCAGCCUCAGCUCCCCAGUGCUAAAAGCACCUUUUCCGCAAUCUCUCAUGCAACUUCCAGAAGAGACCAUCAAAGCCAUUAACAUUUCCUACAACAACAUUCUCCAAUUUCACUCCGCUCAAAAAUCUUCAGCUCCUUUGGUGGUUGAGACCAUGCCCGGUGUUACAUGUUCCCGCUUCUCCCGCCCGAUUGAGAAAGUCGGACUUUACAUUCCCGGAGGAACCGCGGUGUUACCCUCUACCGCGCUGAUGUUGGGUGUGCCCGCCAUGGCUGCAGGCUGCAAGAACAUUGUGCUCGCUUCACCCCCGCGAUCUGAUGGCACCAUCACCCCGGAAAUCGUAUACAUCGCACACAAGGUAGGGGCUGAAGCGAUUGUGCUAGCUGGUGGCGCGCAAGCCAUUGCAGCCAUGGCUUAUGGCACCGAGUCGAUCACGAAAGUCGACAAGAUCCUCGGUCCUGGAAAUCAAUUCGUGACCGCUGCAAAGAUGAUUGUAAGCAACGAUACUUCCGCUGCAGUCUCCAUCGACAUGCCCGCCGGGCCGUCCGAAGUGCUUGUAAUCGCCGACAAGACCGCCGACCCUGCAUUUGUGGCCAGUGAUCUUCUCAGUCAGGCUGAGCAUGGCACAGAUAGCCAGGUCGUCUUGAUUGCAAUCGACUUGGACGAGAAACAGCUCCAAGCCAUUGAAGACGAGGUGCAUAAGCAAGCGCAUGAACUGCCGCGGGUGGACAUUGUGAGAGGCGCGAUCGAACACAGUGUCACGAUCUCUGUCAACAGCUUGAAGGAAGCCAUGAAAUGGUCCAAUUACUAUGCACCUGAGCAUCUCAUCUUGCAGAUUGCCGACCCGCGAUCUGCGCUACCUGACGUUCAGAACGCGGGCUCGGUGUUCAUAGGUGGCUGGACGCCGGAGUCUGUAGGCGACUAUUCAGCUGGUGUGAACCAUAGUUUGCCCACGUACGGAUACGCGCGGCAGUACAGCGGAGUCAAUCUAGGCAGCUUCAUGAAGAACAUCACAAGCAGCGAGGUUACCGAGCAGGGCGUAGGCCAGGUCGGAUAUGCUGUCAUGGAGCUUGCAAGAUGUGAGGGUCUUGAUGCACAUAGAAGAGCUAUGGAACUUCGGAUGGAAAAAUUGGGCCUUGUCGAGAAAAGGACUGCAACGAAACACGAUGACACUGGAAAGCAAGAUGCCGAGCCACUGACACAAGUCCCCAAGCCGGUUUCAGAUGGAGAGAAAAAUGGCCAGGAGACUCCUGAAGCUGUUUGA